CAUCCACCCGCUAGUCCUCUCGUGUUAUUAUAAAUACAUCACACACGCGCUCACAAUCGCUGCGCGAUUUCCUCCGACACACGUGUCGUACUGUCGCCUGGCUCACUGUGACGUGAGUUGUCCACGCGUCAACAACAUCAGCUAGCUGCCGUUCUUUAAAUAAAACACAUAUAGCAUUGCCUUCGUGAAGCCGGCUGCUGUUUUUGUUUUGGUUCAUGCGCGUUUUGAGACAUUGAUGUAUGCGGGAGAAGAGAAAUGGAUUCCCAACUACAGAGCCUGUUGUAUGAAGAGGUGCUGUAUACCAUUCAUCAUCAGUGGAAGCCAAACAGUGAAAGAGAUGGCAAAGUGAAGACGCUUUUAGACAAGGUGUUUCCCAGGGUGAUGCAUGCUGACAUAUUGCACAAGGUGCAAGCUGCCAAGCCGCCAGCACAUUUUUUGAAGAUUGUUGUUGAAGAACCUACAAAUCAUAAUUCAAAAACAGCAAGUGCGACCUCGUACACCGCGCAACUGGUUUCUAAAGCUGAGAUCGGCCGCAGGGGCAGCAGUUCGGGCGUGCUAGACGCCGACGAGUCAUCCACCGACUCGCCCCACCAGCCUGCCUCCGCCACCACGGACCAGACGCCUCAUCACUCGUGGAGACAUGCCUUCAAGCUUGAUCUCACAGAUGGAAGGGACAAAGACCUACUUUUGAAUUUCUGGAAAAUAUCUCAAGAAAGGCAUUUUCUCGAGUUCAAGUCAAAGGAUAACGACAGAAGAGAAUCCAAGAAACGUCACAGCAGCAUUGUAGUUCCAUUGAGUAGCAUGGACAGACCGGAAACUAUCGACUCUUACUCACUCCUGAAAAAGAAGAAUGGACGUUGUCUGGACAAAGGGACGUGUAGAGUCUCAGUAAGCUACUCCACAGAGCAGAGGGACACGUCGCUGAGUCGGGACCCGGCGCGCCUGAGCUCGCAGGUCUACGAGCUCCUUCUCCAGGCACUGGUGGAGUGGGAGCACAACGAGCAGCAGCAGAAACCCCUGUGGGACGGCAAGCUGAACGAAGAAGCCAGUGACAUCCUCCUGCUCUACGGGUGCCAAGCGGACCUGCCGACCUUGCAGAUGCUCGCUCAGAAGUGGUCUGUAUAUAUGAAGCAACAUAACAAUAAACCAUUGGACAUCAAGUUUUUUAAAGACCUAUUCACAGGGACUGUGAAUAUUUGGACAGAUGGCACAGAGCAGAACGACGGGCUGAAGGAAGUCGUGCUGGAGUUCACGAAGCAGCGUCUCGCCUCACUGCAGCAACUGGAACAGCACUUCCCCAACUCCUCCAAGGAAGCUCUCAAGCAGCUGAAAGAAACCCUCUGGCUACUGGAGCACAUGAACAAUUCCAAGAUUAUUCAAGGGAAUUCCAGAUGUCUAAUGGAGAGCAUUGAACGGGAAAUCAUGGAGGGAGCCAAUGUGUGGUACGCAAGCAAGAAGAAAACCUGUGAGAUAUUCCGGCAUCAGAAGAAGGACUUCAUGCAGGCGAUGGCCAAGUUGUGUGAGCUUAUCGAAAAGGAGCUCAGCACCAUGGAGAAGUACAACAAUGUAUUCACCAGGGUGUUGUACAUGAACUACCGCGCUGUGUGGAGCAGACAAAUCGAGGCCAUGCUGGCGCAGGACAUCAGGAGGUCCGCGGAGGAGACGCAAACCGUGUGGGAGAAGGCGGACGAGAGCGUGGGGGACAGGUGCAAGAAGGAGAAGGACCUCGCCAGCGCGAUGCACAGCCUCUACAUCUCGCUGCAGGCCGUUAACAAGAGACUGGAUCGGACACUCAAGGAUCAGCCGCAGCCCCUCGCCUCCUUCCACGAGUGGUUUCUUGGGGCCAUCAAUGCCUGGGCCAAAACCGUUCACUGGAAAACGGAGAGCAUUGUGAGAAAUGCCUUGGAAAAGGACAACCUCAUGCGGGAUCACCCUGCGGUGAGACACAGCUCGUCAGCACACGAUUUGCUGACGUGGUUCGUCGCCAUGCGAGAUUUCUGGGUGAAACUUGCGUGGCCUGACCCGGACAUCACUAGCAUGCUUGUCUGCAAACUCAUUGAGGAGAUCUGCGAUGCCAGCGUCAGUUACGUGACUUUGAUGAGGGCGCGACUGGUCGCAGAAGGUUUCAGCGGUGGAAACGGACAAGUCUUCGUGAUGUCUGCAAAGAUCUGCGUGGGGCUGUGCAGCAUCCACCACCUGCAGUGCUCCCUACCCUCGCUGCUCGGCUCGCUCAUCGACAAGAAGCCGCAGACGGAAACUGAUGGUGCUGCUGCUACUGGCUCGACCGCCGCCACCUCCACCGGCAGCGCAGCUGGGCGGGCAGCAGCAGCAGCGCCAGCGGCUCAGAAGGCCCCUUGCAGCUACGUGCUAGACAGCGGGAUUGACGACCUCGACAAGCAGAUGGAGGACACCGUGAGAGAAAUAGCUGAGCAGACAAUGCUGUAUAUUAAAUCCCAUCUCGAAGCUAUUGCAUCUGACGCAGCUGUUAAAAUACAGGAUGAAUCUGUCUACGAAUAUUAUGAUAACAAUCUUAAACAACUUUUUGAAGGACUGAAUGAAAACAGCAAAAUAUUCCAAAUUUUUCUGUAUAUGCUCUGGGAGACGGUGCUGAAAGCGUUUAGCGAGGAGCUGGAGAAGAACAGGAUUUGCUCUGGAUUCAUGAAGGACAGGAGGAGUAGCCUCAGUUCCCCGUACUACACAAGGAUGCAGACGAUUCUAAAGAAAUUGCUGCAAGUGUUCAACGUGGAUGUGCAUGGUAUCAAGAUGGAAUUUCUUCAGAAUGACGUGUAUAAAGUGCUGGAGGAGCAGCUGGAACUGAGGCAGAAGAGCACACCUGAGCUCAUUGACUUGUACCGUCAGGAGAAAGCAAAGCGUCAGGUUCCUGUGGAAGAAGCAACCCAAGGAACGUUGGACGUGGAGUGUCACUACGAUGGGGAGAGGACAGCCCUCGUAGUGAAACUGCUCGGUGUGUCAGGCCUACCAGGGGGCUCAUCGCAAAAGGUUCAAGUAAAGCUCCAGCUCUGCCCCAGGGAAUGUUUUUCUACCGUCAAGACCCAGAACUCAAGGAGCGUGGCCUCCACAGGCAGAGACAACGGACGCUUCAAUGAAACGUUUGAAUUCGCGGUGAGCGAGGAGCAGUGCGGAUGCCCCGAGGUGUACCUCGUCUUCGAGUUGUGGCGCACGCGCUUGCUGUCGAGGAACCUGCAGCUGGGCCAGGCCGUGAUGUACCUGAGCCGAGCCGCUGGCGCCACCGGCCAGGUCUCCCUGCCGCUGCAGUUGCCCAAUGUGAACGAGUCACAAGUGCUAAAGAUUCUGGAGAAAAGAAGAGAUCCUGAGGCCAGGAAUUUCUUCAAAAAUCUGAAAUGAAGGAGCAUCGGGAUAUGUUUUAAACAAUCUACAUGAAACAUGUAUAAUUACCAGUAUAUAUUUUUUAUUUUUUCACUUAAUCUGCAUUGUUACAGUAUAAUAUUUUCCGCAUAUUUAUCUUGGGCCCAAACUUUGCAGCCCGGUUUGUUACAUUCUGGAUGUUAUAAUGAGUGUCUGCAGCAAAUUUCAGAUGUUAAUCCUCACUCUCAAUCUAUGCUUCAGCCCUGAACUCAACUCCCCAAUCCAGCCUUUAAAAAAAUAUACGAUCUCCUCAAGUGGCUGUGCAUGAGCUUGGUGUGAGCAGAUCUUCAUCUGAGACUCACACUGACUCGCAGCGGGCAUGGGCAGGACACUUCGACAGAAGGCAUCUUGGCCCAUGGUCAAGAAAAACAGUGGAGUGGAAUAUCCUUUGCCACUCCAUUGUGAAUUUCUUUGAACCCAUCUACGUGACUUUACCGAAAGACCCAAAGAAUAUGAAUUUCUGCAGUCACGAAAGCUUUAAGUCAAGUUUUAAUGGAGUGGCAGUGAAGGGAAGGAACGCAUUCGAGUGUACGCCCACCUUCGCGAGUGACCGCCCACCGCAGAGAUGGAGUGAUGAAUUCAGCUCGUGUGCAGGCGCUACACGGAUUGUUACAUCGUGUGAUUGUGAGAGACGGCGCUGACUGGAGGCCUUCAUCCAGCAUGGCUGAUGAUAAAUUUUAUUCUGCAUCCUUCUUCAUUGUAAACAAGGUGAAUUCUCAGUAAAUUAUUAAUUUACUGUCAUUAUUCAGGGAUAGCAUCCGAAACCUAAUCGUACCCAAAUAAUUUGAACACAAGCCUUUCUUACAACAAAUGCAUGCAUGUAUAUUGACCUUCUUUCGCACCGUUCGUAGCCAACCGUGCUAAUAGGAGGUGCAAAUGUCCAUGGUGUAUAGUAUUACAAGGUAUUGGGCCUCAGGAAUUGCGUACACCACGUGUAUUUUUGUGUGUGUGUACACCUUUUGUAUUUAUACAAACACACUGCAUUGGCACCUUUUUGCACGAAGCAAUUUUAUACAAAACGGGUGUCGCAGCAAGCGGUUGGUGAGCGGUUUCAAAGUGGAAGAAGGGGGGGGGGGUGCCAGCUUGGGUGGCGGCACAUUGCGAUGGUGCCACCACGAUCAAGACGAGCGAUCGCCGUCGCCCAACCGCGUGACGAUGCACGGGCCUCGCUGUCCGCUGGACAACUGACGGCUCGGCAGCCCAAGCUGAGCGUGAAGUACCCGUGCAUUCAAGAAUCGCCGAGCGUGAAGUGCCCGCACAUUCUUCACGAAGCGUGAAGUUUUCACAUUCUUCACCGACAUUGAAGUUUUCACACAUUCUUCACCGACCUUUAAGUGCCCGCACAUUCUUCACCGAGCGUGAAGUACCCGCACAUUCUUGCACCGUGUUGUCUUAUUCGUGUUUAUUCAAAGCGGAUAUAACCCGGUCAACGUUGUUACUGUUACCAUAUCCUUACGUACGUCCCAUAGAGUAUUUGGCAAUAAAACAACGGCGUUAUGAACUGCUGGCACGCUGUUUUGUAUUUAUGGGACCUUUCGAUGAAAUAAAUAUUGGACUUGUACGCAUUGGACCGAUUGUUAACAUAAAAGACAGCUGUGGGAGACUUUAAAACUGAAACAUAUGGGAGCUUGUUGCAGACACUUUUAUUUUAUCCAGCGCCUAACAAACCUGAUGAUG